CGGCGGCGAGUGUGUGAUGCUAUAGUGUUAUUCGGGUCUUACACAGCAGCUGGUACUUAGCAGGGAAAACACUGAGGUCUACCGAACGAGCUGAACGGUACUAGCAGUGCCAUCCUAUCUAUUGGGAUCACGUCUGGAGAAUUCAAAGUAAAGACAACAGACGUUCUACGCUUCGGAGUCCUUCAGCUGACAUAAUGUUUUGUUUCCACUGUCCACCUACUCUCCAUCCCGCAGCUAGACAAUUCGGAAUGGACCUUGCUUAUCAGCACCACCACCCAUAUUCUGGCUAUGGAUUGCACACCGAUUUUCAAGAUGACAGCUUUGCUAGACGUAAACAAAGAAGGAAUAGGACAACAUUCACCCUCCAACAGCUUGAAGAGCUUGAGAAAGCUUUUGCUCAAACGCAUUACCCAGAUGUUUUCACCCGAGAAGACCUAGCCAUGCGAAUCAAUUUAACGGAAGCACGUGUGCAGGUGUGGUUUCAAAAUCGUAGAGCUAAAUGGAGAAAAAGCGAACGGUUCGCCCAACAACAGACAAAACCAAGUACGAACCAAAGUGACACGGGGAAUGAGGAUGGUGGCUCAGAGAUCGACAUGAAAAUGCAAGAUGGUGGCGAAGACCUUGAGGUUGACACAGUGACAAGUUCGGACGACCUUGAUGACUCCUUACUUCCAGAAGAAAUCGACGUUCACUCAGAACGAGGCGUGGAUAUCAUCAGUAAAAGUGAAUCGUUUGAUGUUAAUUCAGAAACGAAAGAACAAACGCAGUGUAAUUCUAAUCAGGACUUUAACGAGGAACCAGACACAAACACAAUCUCUUCAGAUAAAGAAUUAGACCAAUCACCUUCAGUGUUAUCCUCUUCUUCAAACAGUAAUGAAACUGACGACAACAAAAGUAACCUACCCGAUAAAGCCGCAGAGCAAAUUUCUGAAAAUUCUGAAACCGAAACCACCACCUCAGAAUCCAGCGGAAGCGUUCACACAAGUCAAGUCAUACCGAAUCUCCUGUCGACGGGGAUGCCACACGGAAUGUGUUCCUCAUCCUCUAUGCUGAUGAACAUAGCCAAUCAAACUCAGGAAAACAUCUUGCAGAAACAACAGCCAUUCCUGCAAAAUUCUUUUGUGCAAACAUUACUUGCCCUGAACAACAACGCUACAUCCAGACCACCUGGGCUGAUGCCGUUUAUGGACGGAGCUGGCUACAAGAACUACUUGGACAACUAUUUCACUCCCAGACACUUCCUACCUCAUGUGGCACAUCCUGCUUUUAAAGCGGCGUGCCUUCCCUUCUGUGCUUGUUGCACCACGAGACCGAGUUGUCCUCCCUUGAUGGUUCCACCGGAUCAGAGAUCAUCCAGCGUCGCGGAACUCCGACGUAGGGCACGUGAACAUUCGGAAUCAAUUACAUCAUCAAAUGUUCCCGACACCCCACAUAGUAGCCGACCAUGAGGCUUGAAAGCGACCCCUGGCAUAAGAAAUAAAUGAACGAUUGAGGGGACGUAACUUUCAAUCAUUAACGUUACCGUAGUGCAAGGAACCUGUGCUUGAUAAUUUCUACAGACUUGACAGUGUAGCAACGCAUUGCACAAAUUCACGUACCAUGGCAAUGAUAGCAUGCAUAUGCUUGUUACAAUCUGGAACCUAUUCCACAACUAGCUAGGAAGAUAUAUAUUGCAUAUGUGGACAACUUGUUUAUAUGAAUUUGCACCACCAAAGAAUAUUGCGUCAUCUUAUAUGACGCCAUUCCUUUUUGUUGUUGCUUUGUUUGAUUGUACUUGUUAACUUAUACCUCCUAUUGGCUGUCUAAAUGUGCUUUCAAUUAAA